AUGGGAAGGGGAAUUAGUUCAGAGAGCAAGGAGUCAGGCAAAAGAUCAAAAGAACUGGAGAAAAAGCUUCGGGAAGAUGCUGAGCGAGAUGCAAGAACUGUAAAGUUGUUAUUAGGGACAAUACUGUUUGAGCAGCUGUUGUGCUGCAUCAUUUGUCCCAAAUGGCACUUUAGUGUGGAAGGAGUCAAACAGGAUGAUGCCAGCAAAGAAGACCAAAGACAACUUUAUGCGAUAACAAAUACCCUGAAAGAUGGCAGCAUGACGCCUGAAUUGGCUGAGGUAAUAAAACAACUGUGGAGAGAUCCAGGAAUUCAGGCCUGCUUUGAAAGGGCAUCUGAGUAUCAGCUCAACGACUCAGCAGCUUACUACCUGAACGAUUUGGACAGAAGAGCAGCUCCUGGCUACGUCCCAAAUGAUCAAGAUGUUCCACAUUCUCGAGUGAAAACAACUAGAAUCACUGAAACUCAAUUCUCCUUUAAAGACUUGCAUUUCAGAAUGUUUGAUGUAGGUGGACAGAGAUCUGAGAGAAAGAAAUGGAUCCUACUUGAAGGAGUUACAUGAAUUAUAUUUUGUGCUGCACUCAGUGCCUAUGACAUGGUCUUGGUGGAAGAUGAAGAUGAAAACAGAAUGCAUGAAAGCCUUCACCUGUUCAACAGUAUCUGUAAUCACAAGUACUUUGCAACCACCUCCAUUGCCCUGUUUCUCAAUAAAAAAGAUCUCUUUCAAGAAAAAGUAACCAAAGUGCAUCUUGGUAUCUGCUUUCCAGAGUACACUGGUCCAAAUACAUUUGAAGAUGCAAGGAACUACAUCAAGAACCAGUUUCUAGACCUGAAUUUUAAAAAAGAUAAGGAAAUUUAUUCCCACAUGACCUGUGGUACAGAUACUCAAAAUGUCAAGUUCGUGUUUGAUGCCAUUACAGAUGAUAAAGAGAAUCUGAAAGACUGUGGGCUCUUCUAA